CCCUCUCGGACCUUUCUUUCCUUGUUUGCCCCACGGAUCUGCUUUCUACCGCUUCUACUUCGACAAAUCCUACGACAUGGACGACGAUGGCUUUGAUCUAUACGGCGACGCCGAUCUUUAUGGUGGAGAGAUCAAGGCAGAGGAGGAGGAGAACGUGAAGCCCGAGGCGGAGUCGCGGCCCAGCGACACAGGUGACAAACGUGGUCGAGAGGACAGCAGUGAAGAUGCAAAGAUGGACCAAAGGGUACCCUCAUCAUCUUCGGGGGCGAACGGUGGCUCGGCCGGACAGCAACAGUCGUACCACCAGGGUGGAACAUUUGAUGGAGGGAGGCCCGUCGAUGCAGGAGCGUCGGGCGGAUACCCGUCUGAGUCUCCUCGCGAGGCAUUGGCCGGUCGUCCAAAGGUGGAAGAUCCUAAUGUCCAGAAUGCCUUAUAUGUCGGCGAGCUCGAUUGGUGGGUUUCGGACGAGGAUCUGAGAAGAGUAGCAGGGCAAGUGGGUGUCCACGUCGCCCUUUCGGACAUCACCUUCUCCGAGCACAAGGUCAACGGAAAGUCCAAGGGCGUGGCUUACAUGGAAACUGGCUCAGAGGACGAGGCGAACCGGCUGAAGGACUGGUUUGACAACAACGACAUCAACCAUAAGCGAGCGGCUGUGACUUUGACAUCAUCAGCCAAUGGCAAUCCUUUCAAGACGCUACCUAAAGACCCCCCGCCAAGAGACGGUAGACCGAUGAGGGGAGGCGGGAUGAUGCGCGGCCGGGGAGACUACAACAACAUGUCGAGAAGACGAGAUGAUGCACCUCCUAUGGCAGGCGCUCCGAUCCGAAUGGGUGCCGGUGCUGGCGCUACGGGACCAGGAGGGAUGCCGAUGAUGAACCCAAUGAUGAUGGGGAUGAUGAACCCCAUGGCCAUGGCGGGCGGUGCUGGAUCUGGACGGCCUCCAUUCAUGGGAGGGGGAGGGGGAAUGGGUCGUGGUGGAUUUGGCGGACGUGGAGGGGGCCCAAGGCCGAACAAUAACAUGGGUCACUUCAAUCCCAACUUCUUUGGAGGAGGUUCGAUGGGCGGUGGGAUGCAGCAGCAGCAGCCUCCGGCGCAGCAGGGAGGACGAGGCGGCCCCGGAGGAGGGGGCUACGACGAGCGCGAAAGAAAGAGGCAUCGCUACGACGACCUCUCGUAAAUUAUGUACUCUACCUCCCGUUUCUUUGGGCUCAUUGUUGAAAUUUCAAGUUUGGUGUGACCUGC